UCCUGAGGCCGCAUUCCCCUCCCUACCCCAUAUCCUGCCCAAGAUCCUGUGACUCCCCACCCUCCACCACAGGAAAAGCCUCUAUAAUUUCACAUUGCUAUCCCUGCACAGCGGGAGGAUGCAGCUUGGGGAAACUAGGCAGGGAAUGUGGUUGCUCAUCACCUGAUGCUUUGCAGCCUGAGACCUGAUUGGUGGAGAAGGACUGUAUAUUUUUUCUCCUCCAUGCUGCUUUGAUUUUUUUUUUCCUCCUCUUCUUUAGGGUGUCUGCUGUUUCCUAGCACUUGCAAGAAUCUGGGUAGCAGCAAUAGCAGCCGGAAGCAGAGGAGCAGCAUUAGCCCAGGAGGCAGGGGACUGCAUGGGAAGCAGCAGCACCUAGCUGGAGAGACUGCUUUUGCAGCCAAGUUUUUGUGAAGCAGAAACCUCACCCCAGCUGUGUGUCUGACACACAUUUAAUACUCAAGGCAGCCACACUAACUUCUUAGCGUCAGAGGUUCCCUGUGGAGAGAGGAGCCAGGCGGGUUGGACCAUGGAGCUGCUCUCCACCCCCCGCAGCAUCGAGAUCAACAACAUCACAUGCGACUCGUUCCGGAUCUCUUGGGCCAUGGAUGGGGGAGACCUGGAGCGAGUCACCCACUACUUCAUCGACCUCAACAAGAAGGAGAACAAGAACUCCAAUAAAUUCAAACACAGGGAUGUGCCCACCAAGCUGGUCGCUAAGGCAGUCCCACUGCCCAUGACUGUGAGGGGCCACUGGUUCCUGAGCCCCAGGACAGAGUACAGCGUGGCAGUGCAGACAGCGGUGAAGCAGAGUGAUGGGGAGUACCUGGUGUCUGGCUGGAGCGAGACUGUGGAGUUCUGCACGGGGGACUAUGCCAAGGAGCACCUGGCCCAGCUGCAGGAGAAGGCUGAGCUCAUUGCGGGCAGGAUGCUCAGAUUCUCUGUCUUCUAUAGGAACCAGCACAAGGAAUAUUUCCAGCAUGUCAGGAUGCAUUGUGGGAACAUGAUGAAGCCCUCCCUGAAGGACAACAGCGGGAGCCACGGCUCACCCACCAGCGGCAUGCUGCACGGGAUCUUCUUCAGCUGCAACACCGAGUUCAACACAGGCCAGCCUCCCCAGGACUCACCCUACGGCCGCUACCGCUUCCAGAUUCCCGCCCAGCGCCUCUUCAGCCCCAACACCAACCUCUACUUUGCGGACUUCUACUGCAUGUACACCGCCUACCACUACGUCGUCCUGGUGCUGGCCCCCAAGGGCUCCCCGGGAGACCACUUCUGCCGGGAGCGCCUGCCCCAGCUGGACAUUUCCUGCAACAAGUUCUUGACCUGCUGCACAGAGGACGGCGAGCUGGUCUAUCACCACGCCCAGGACAUCAUCCUGGAGGUCAUAUACACCGAGCCCGUCGACCUCAGCCUGGGCGUACUGGGAGAGAUCAGCGGCCACCAACUCAUGAGCCUCUCCACUGCUGAUGCCAAAAAGGACCCCAGCUGCAAGACGUGCAAUAUCAGCGUGGGGCGCUAGUGACUUGAGGGGGGGAGCUGGAGGGGAUGCGUGUGGGGGGAGGCAUGCAUGAGGCAGGACUGGACUAACCUGAGGCUCUCUGCAAUGAACGUGGUCUGGGAUGGGGCCAG